ACCGCGCCAAGUGAAACCGAGUGGGGAACCCGAAACAUCGCGCCAGCUAAGCCGCGUGUUUCAGUUGCUCGUGAAUGCAACAGGUGACCGAAGUUACUCAGCAGUGUCUUCGCGCUUAACCGCUCUUACGGAAACGACAGACGGCAAAUUCGAUAACCGUCAAAAAGUGUGAACAUUAUUGUGCGGUUUCUUAGCGUUUAUCGAGACUUUGUGUGGUAGAGACUAUUAGGUUUCCCUUAUUAGGUUGGUGUUGUGAAUACUGGAAAUAUUGUGUGCGUUUAAAAAUAGUACUUAUCUGUUGCAUUAGUGGAUAAUUCAAUGAACAACGAUUGUCGUCGAUUGUGUGAAUGAUCGAUUGACCAUGGAUUGUUGAAAGUGCAAACAGAUGAGGAUAAUAGACAAUGAGCUUCUUUGAAGAUGUACAUUGCAACGGGUUUCCUCUGUCAACAUCAAAAAAAGAUGGGACCGAUAGAGAAUGUGCCCGUCCAUGAAUUUCCCGCUCACGAGAGCGUGGAACUGAGGAAAGUCGAUCGAUCUAGAGAUCUUUUUGGAGUACAACUAGAGGUCACGAGUCUGCUGCUUGAAGCAGAACGACGGAAGUUAUCUGUUCUGCAGAAAGAACUGCAGGUUGCGCUAGAGGAAGGAGGUUCGAUCAAGGCCAAAGAGCACCAGAAGCAGGAACUGAUUACGACGAUAACACGUAUCCAGGCGCAACAUGAUCACUUGGACAGAGAAUAUCGAGAGUACGCACUAGGAGCGCUGCUAUCAGCUAACACAAGGGGAUCUGGAAAGGUAAGAAGUGUUCUUUAG